UCAGUUCCUGCGUGUGCCGGUGGCGGUGACGUCAGUGGCCGGGUGAGGGUGAGCCGGUAGACAGGCCUCGAGAGAGAGCGGGGUGCAGUGCAGUGAGUAUGGCCUCCAACAGUCAGAAGGACAGAGUGAGUGAUCGUGCCGCGCCCGCCUCCGCCCUGGCAGGGCCCGGGCCCGGCGCCGACAGGAGCUGCGUCCUCUGCUGCCAGGAGCUGGAGAUUUACGCCGUGGGCAAGUGCGAUCACCCGGUCUGUUACCGCUGCUCCACCAAGAUGAGGGCCCUGUGUGGGCAGAAGUACUGCGCCGUGUGCCGCUUGGAGCUCGACAAGGUUGUAUUUGUGAAUAAAAUGUCUCCAUUUUCAACAAUAAUAACUCAUCAAUUCCACCAUGAAAAGAAAUAUGGUAUUUAUAUUGCUGAUGGGAAGAUUCAUACCCAGUUCAGGAAACUCCUGCAGCAUGACUGCUCAGUAUGUCUUGAGUCAAGACCCUUCAAUACCUUUGAAGAACUAGAACAUCACAUGAGAAAGCAACACGAGAUGUUCAGUUGUAAACUGUGCGUAAGACACCUCCAGAUUUUCAGCUAUGAACGAAAAUGGUAUAACCGGAAAGACCUUGCCCGUCAUCGAAUACAUGGUGACCCAGAUGAUACUUCACAUCGUGGCCAUCCUUUGUGCAAAUUCUGUGAUGAUCGUUAUCUAGAUAAUGAUGAAUUACUUAAACAUUUGAGGCGGGAUCACUAUUUCUGCCAUUUCUGUGACUCUGAUGGUGCUCAGGAAUAUUAUAGUGAUUAUGAUUAUCUUCGUGAUCAUUUUCGGGAGAAGCACUAUCUGUGUGAAGAAGGACGUUGUAAUACUGAGCAGUUUACUCAUGCUUUUCGUUCUGAAAUUGAUUACAAAGCACAUAAAGCUGCUUCCCACAGCAAAAACAGAGCAGAGGCCAGACAAAAUAGACAGAUUGACCUGCAGUUCAAUUAUGCUCCUCGACAUCAAAGGCGAAAUGAAGGUAUUUUAGGUGGAGAGGAUUAUGAAGAAGUGGAUCGAUUUAAUAGAAGAGGCCAGAAUAGAGGACAAAACCGACGAGGCAGGUGGAAAUAUAACAGAGAGGAAGAAGAUCGUGAAGUUGCUGCAGCUGUUCGAGCAUCUAUAGCAGCACGAAGGCAAGAGGAAAAGAAGCAAGCUGCUUCAAAGGAAGCAACUGAUAAUGGCAAAAAUAAUCAUGGUGAAAAGGAUGACGCAUGUAAUGCUAAGAGUGUAGUUAAGUCGACUAGUGAGACUACAGGUAUUAAAGAGUCUGCUAAAGGUCUGUCAAAGCAAGAGAAUUUCCAAGUGACUGCUCCACCCAAUCCAAGUUCUAAUCAUGUGAUUCCUGUCCGCCUAAAUGAAGAAGAGUUUCCUAGUUUGUCUGUUUCAACACGCACUAGUAGCACAGGUCUUACUCCAACUUACACAUCUGCAGCUAAGAAAAAUGCUACUUUUCAGGAAGAAGACUUUCCUGCUCUUGUGUCAAAAAUUAAACAGCAAAAACCCACGGUAUCAGCAACUGCGUGGACUAAUGCUUCUAGUAAAAGUGUUUUGAAAAUAGUGCAUUCCAGCAGCAACAAUUCUAAUCAAGCUGUUAAGAAAUCUUCAACGACUCUCAGUACCAAAACAAAAAAUAAAACUGCUUUAAAAUCUGAUGGGGAGGAUGAGGAAGAUGGUACUGGCUUGACAGCCCAGGAGUUCAGAAGUGCGCCCACAAUGUUAGAUAUUUCUUCUCUAUUAACUCAUUCAACACAGACUGUCUCUAAAGUUGGUAAAAAGAAAAAGAUUGGGGGAGAAAAACAAAAUUCAUCACCAGCUCCAAUUACUGAACCAAAUGUAGCUAAUGUUCAAAAGGAGAAUGUUCCAGAAACUAAACAGAAGACCUUACCAGUCACCCAUGUAUUGAAUGGUCACACUGACAAACUAUGUACUGUAAAUGCAAGCACAUGCACAAUAAAGGAGCCACCAGGGUUUAAGAAGUCUGAAGAUAGUUUAAGUUCUUUACCUGAAGAAGAUUUUCCAGUGCUGGGAAACCCAGUUUUACCGAAGAAUCCACCUCCAGGUUUUAACAAGUUAUUACCAGUGAAGAGCCCACCAUCCAAUCUUCCUCCUCCACCAGGAUUGUCUGCCCCUGUUAGUAAACCCCCUCCUGGCUUUACUGGUGUCCCUCUGAAUUCAAACAUCAGCGAGCCUAUGAUUCCAGCACCAAAACAGUCUUCACCUUCAUCAAAUAAUUACCUCAUUCCGGAGAACUUUCAGCAGAGGAACGUUGAGUUAAUCCAGUCCAUAAAUACAUUUUUGCACAAUGAUGAAACAAAAUUCAACAAGUUUAGGACUCAAUCAGGGCAGUUCAGACAGGGUCUGAUUUCUGCCACAGAGUACUAUAAGAGCUGCCGAGAAAUUCUAGGAGAAAAUUUCCUGAAGAUAUUUAAUGAACUGCUGGUUUUGCUGCCGGAUACAGCCAAACAGCAGGAGCUUCUAUCUGCUCAUAAGGACUUGAAAAUACAGGAAAAACCAGUACCAAACAAAUCAAAAAAGAACAAGAAAAAUGGAUGGCAAGCGUCCAUUACUGUUGAGCUCGACUGCCAGGUGUGUCCAACAUGCCGUCAGGUGCUGACCCAGAAAGACUUUGUUACCCACAAAACUUCGCAUUUUGAGGAUGAUGAGUUUCCCACCUUACAAUCAGUGAGCAAAAUCAUCAGUUAAAAAAUCAGUUCUUGUAUUGAAGACCCAGGAGGAAAACCCUGUUGGACCUGUAAUGAUGCACGUAGAUGGUACUUAGAUACAAUUAUGGGCAUAUAUUGCUUUAAGGGAUAACCUGGGGAAUGUGAUAGUAUGGUAUCUGGGUGAAAGGAAGGAAAUAGUAUCUGCAUUCUAGAAGCCUUGAUAAAAUACCAAAACCUGUUGCUGUACUAUCAUAGAAAGUGCACAAUGGUGCAUCAUUAUACACUUCAAUGUUGUUGGAAACUACUUUCUACAAUUGCAAAAUGCAGUAGUGAAGUAAGAAAUAUAACAAAGUGUCACUUUGGUGCAAAGGUAAUUGGCUGGUUUAAAAGCAGGUAAUCUGAAUGCUUUGCAUAAACAUUCACAGAUGUGCACUUGACACGUCAAAAGUGUACUAAAACAUUUGAAUUUGGUCUAUUAAUGUAAAACAAUGUUUUGGAAUUGGGUUUGCAUGCAGCUCAGUGCAGCAUCUUUUUGUAUCGUUUGUAGAUAUUAAUGCACUAAAUUUGUUCCACUAAGUUUCCCAUUUGACAAUUGAAAUUUCAGGAUAUAAUAUAAUGGUUUUGAAACUAGGAUCAAAUGCAGGAUAUUGCAUUGCUGCAUCUUUUUUUUUCUUUGCAUCAAUUUGUAGCUCAUAAGCCAAUCCUACAGUUAAGACUUUACAUUCUCUAUUUAAGCAGCACUCCAUGCCGUCAGUGCAUUGAAUUAAAUUUUGAUUGCAUUUCCAUUAACUGCAUACUGCAAUAGAAACAGGCUAACAGGUCAUUAACUUUCAUCACUGUUCAGUAAAAUGUGGAGUCCUGUGAGCUGAAGAAUGGAAGUAAUGAUCAACAGCUGAAAAGCUGAGCCUUUAAUAGCUAGAGACAGCUUAUUCUUGAAUAACUGACAGAGGCAAUAGCAUCCUGUACUGUGGUGAUUAGUGUAUUCAUGGUAUCCAUGGUGGUGGAUUGGCUUUUCUUUUUGCUUGUAAUAUAUUUUGGUUGGUAGUGGUUCAUGCCUGUAUUGCUAUGGAAGUACUUUGAUCAGUACUUAUAUUCAUUAUGUAUCACAAUUAGCUAUAUUGUAGUGCCUUUUUUGAGUUAAAGCUUUAAAAUAGCAUGCAUCUGCAAUCUAAAUUAAAGCUCGAGGUAGUAUACACCUUUAUUGUCAGGAGUCACUUUAGUGCCAAUUUUAUUACUAUCUCAUUAUACCACUGUCCUGAAAAUUUUGACCUGUGCUUCCAUUUAAAAUUAAUUCUGCUAUCUUUUCAGAUUAAAGUUGAUGGCAAGUAAUUUAACUAUGUGCCACUACUAUAUGCUUGAUAUCAUUUACUACACUCUUUAAAAGCAACUCCUCUGAGUUUUACUUUCAUCUAUUGCUGCAUUUUCAGUUGACCUCCCACAGAAAUUCCUCGCCUUGUAACACGGAAAAUUGAUUUUUGAAUUUUGAAAGAGCUUGCUCACACCUAUUUUCAUUAUAGAUGAAUAUUUAUUAGCAAUUAAGAUUAUUGUUUAAUCUCCAAGGAUCAAGGAUGGGUUUGGAUGGGUUGAUGUUUUGGGGUAUAGGUCCUUUUUUUUUCUUACUGGUACAGUGGGCCACAAUCUGCCACCUUGUCUUACCAUUGAUAUCAUCAGUGAUGCAAUGUACUCCAGUUAUGUUGAAUUGUUUUAUAAUUUCCCUUGGAAGAUGUAUCCAGUUUUAGUAACAAAAACUAAAUAAUAAACUGCAGUAAGUAAGUUUUAUUUUAAUAAAUUUGAUUAACCUGUAAAUUAAAAGAAAUUAAAACAAAGUGAUCAAUGCAAGUGAAGUAUUUACAAUAAUCUUAAUGGGAACAGAUUAAAAUACUCUUAUUAGUAGUCCAUAAGUGCAUUUUGCAGUUUUUGUAGGUAUUUGAGUAGAAACCUGCAGUGACUUUAGCUAUUGCAUAUGGAGUGAAUUACCAGGAGGAUGCCCCAUAGCACUGACACUCUACCACUAAGUCCACUGAACUAGCUACCAUAAUGGAUUCUGCUGAUCUUGUCAUUAUCAGUGUGUGUCUGCAAUGAGUACUAUUGAAGAGCAAUAUUGGCGAUAUGUGGCUUUUGAUAAGAAAUUGUCAAUCUGAACAAGAAGAGGCUCAGUUUAAAUCUUAAUCUUGAUACACUAAAACUGACAGAAGAAAGUUAUAAACAUUUUAAAAACACAGGUGGGAAUUUAGAUGUGAAGGUGGCAAGAGGAGAUACAAAUGCAGUAAAUUGAUGCAGUUAGCUGCUUUUCUCCUUUUUGAACUUUAGCGUUUGUACCAACUUGAAGCUGAGAUUUCUGGUAAAUGUUUGCUUCUAGGCAGCUAAUAGUUUAAUACAUUGACAGACAUUUUGGCAUAAGUGAGUUCUAAUGUUUGUAAAACUAUCAAUAUUUGAAUUCAUCCAUCAUCUUACGUACAAUGUGCUGUAACUGAUCAAUAGUAUGGAAAUGUAUUCUUGAACAUUAAACUUGAAACUAAACUAUGCUUCAGUUAUUAUAAUGUGAGACAUCUGGACAUGAAACAGAAUGGAAAAUAUAUCCAUGCAAUUCCUGCAUUUAAUUAAUGUUUGUUGAUUGAAGGCUGUUUGGCUCAACAGAUAUAAAUGAUAUAUCCUGGAAUUUCUGAAGGGUGCCAAUAAAGAUUGUUUAUGCAAUAUUAAUGCCAUUUGCUUGGUGUUGCAUUUUACAAAGAAUGGACAUGUGUUCUACUUUUAAUUUCAAAGGGUAUACCACAUACUUGCAGAGAUGUUACUUGUAGAGUUCUAAAGGGUUGCUCAUAGUGAAUUAAAAAUUACAUUGGAUGUGUGGUCUUUUCAUGGGAGGGCAUGCUUCAUUCACAAUGUGUAGGAACUGGAGAAAUGAAGUGGCCUGUCAGUACUUGCCAUAAAUAGAUAUUUGAAAGCAAUUUCAGAAUUACUGUAGUAACUGGUGUCCAGGAAUGAUUGUGGCACAGUUAGAGAGCAGGAUGUAAAAAGAGAACAUUUUAACAUCUGAGGGCGAAGAGUAGCACAGAUAUAGGAGCAUGAAAAUAUAGCGCGGGUGUGUAAUAUGAUGAACCCUUGAUUUUGAAGAUAUAUCAGGACCACAGGAAUGAGUCAUGGUGGCAAAGCCUGCACCCAGAAAUUUUCAGGAAAGAACAUGUUCUGAUAGCCAUCUGGAGAAGAAUCUUAAUUAUUCAAGUCCAUGGGUGGCAAUCUUUAGUCUCCAUUCUUUAAUUCCAAGUGGCAUGAACAAAAAGUUCUGACAAAUGGAAUGUCUCCUAAUUAUCUUUCCAUCUCCCUCUAACAUCUGCUUCUGAAAAUGGAAGUGAUUGCCAAAGCAUUUGUUUUCCAUUUGUCUUUUACAUUUCUAUUUAAAUAUGUUGUAUCAAGUAUGCAAGUCAUGAUGCAGAACAAAAAAAGCUAUCUUCCCAUCUUUAGGAGUGUGAAUAAUCCUUGUGUUUCUCGGUAAUUUUAAUAAGUAAAAUGAUCUGUAACAAUUUUAAAUGGUAAGUGUUUAUAAAUUGGAACUUGCAUAUUUAAUAGAAAUAAUUCACACUUAUUAACAUUCAGUUUGUAACCAGAAAAGCUACUAAACUGAGCAAGCAAGGAUGAAAUAGCAGGAAUAGAUCUCUCAUGAUCAGAUAUGUAUAGUAACAAAUCAUCAGCAUAUAAUGAUAACAUGUCCCUUCCCCACGAGUAAUACCAAAAAUAUUAGGUGAUUCACAAAUGGCAAAGGCUAAAGGUUUCAAAACAAUGUCAAAUAAUAAAGGACUUAAAGGACAGCCUUGCCUUGUACCACGGGAUAACUGAAAAAAAGAUCUCUGAUUAUUGGUAAGAACCGAAGCCAAAGGUUUAUAAUAUAUUUCAAGUUAAAGGAUUUAUUUAAAGUUAAUUUUUUACCUUUAAUUGACCAAAUCAAGCAACUUGUUACCAGGUGGUCCCCAUUAUCUUUGCCAUUGGUUGGUCGAAUUAAUGCUAUUAAGAUGAUAGUAUUACCCAAAUUUUUAUAUUUAUUCCAAGCAUUACCAAUUUUUAUUCCUAAAUCUUUUUUUGAUAUUAUUGACUCCAAAAUAUCCUUGUAUGUGUGGCAGAAUAAAGCUCCUAGAUUAAGUAAAAAAUAUUUACAGAAGCCUAAGAAGGAGGGUGGUUUGGCUUUGCCAAACCUGAGAUUUUACAAUUGGGCAGUUAAUAUUCGAUAUUUAAUAUUUUGGACACAAGAAUCGAUUAUAGUAUCUUGCCCACAAUGGGUAAAUUUGGAAUGUGAAUCGUACAAGACUUCUUAUUGUUUUCUAUUUUAAGAUCUUUGCUUCCUUUUGCUUCAUCUAAAUUGAAUAAACAAAUAAUCAAUCCUAUAGUUAAGCAUACAUUACGAAUAUGGUUUCAAUUUUGUAAAUUCUUUGGCUUGAAUAAGUUUAUCUUAUCAAGCCCUAUUAUAUCUAACUUUUUUUCGACCCUCUUUUAUGGAUCACGCCUUUAUUAUGGAAAACAAAAGGUAUAACAUGUUUUCGUGAUUUUUUUUAGAUAGUAGUUUUAUGCCCUUUGAACAGCUAUCUAAUAAAUAUAAUUUGCCUAAAACUCAUUUUUUUUUGGAUACUUGCAAGUUAGAAAUUUCUUGAAUAACAUGUUACAGUUUUUUUUGAAAUUAUGUCCAAUGGACAUUAUGGAAAAUUUUUAGCUCUGAAUCCUUGCCAGAAGGGUUUAGUAGCCAUCAUUUAUAAUAUGAUCAUGAAAAUACAGCCAGAAGUAUCAGGAAAAAUUAAGAAGGAAUGGGAAAAAGAACUUCAUUGUCUUAUACCCACUGAGCAGUGGGAGAAAAUUUUACAAUUAAUCAAUUCUUCUAUUUGUGCUAAACAUGCCUUAAUACAAUUUAAGGUUGUACAUAGGGCUCAUAUGUCUAAGGAUAAACUUGCUCGAUUUUAUUCUUAUGUUAAUCCAACCUGUGACAGAUGUCAUUCUGAAGUUGCUUCAUUGACCCACAUGUUUUGGUCUUGCCCCUGCUUGCAAAAUUAUUGGAAAGAUAUUUUCGGUAUUAUUUCAAAAGUUUUGAAUGCAAACGCAUCCCAUUACUGCAAUUUUUGGUUUACCAAUGGUGGAUAAUAGUUGUUUAUCCUCUUCAUCUCGACGAAUGAUUGCAUUUGUUAUGUUAAUGGCUAGAAGGUCUAUCCUAUUGAAUUGGAAAGAAAUUAAUCCUCCAACCAUAUUUCAGUGGUUUUCUCAAACUAUUUCUUAUUUGAGUUUAGAAAAAAUUAGAAGUGUUGUUUGUGACUCUUCAAUUAAAUUUGAAGAAACUUGGAGACCAUUUAUUCAACAUUUUCAUAUGAGCUAAACUGACUUUUCAUAAACCUUACUUUUAUUAUCCUUAAUUAUCUGGAUGAAGGUGCGGAGUUAUUGAUGCUGCUGUGUAUAUUUGACAUAAUACAAUGGCCCAUGUUGGUUAGGUUUUUUUUUGGAGGUUUUUUUUUCUUAUUUACUCCUUUUUUCGUAAUCACUAUGAGUUUGGGAGGUUAUUAUAUAUGGAUUAUCUAUUUGUAUUUAUACUUUAACCUAUUAAUUAUGUAUUCUCAAACUAUGUUUCUCAUGUUUGUUUAAAAUUAAUAAAAACA